GCUUCCCCUCCUUCCCGCAUCAUAGCGCGCGCGGUUCCCAAUCACGCGUUCACGUAAUAUUCGAGCGAAUAAGCUGACUUGUUGGAAAUGCUCGAGGAGCCCAAGCCUCUGGUCGCACGCACGCCGCCUCGCACGUCCGCGGAUUGAUUCGCCCAGAGAAAAGUCAAGAGCCGCACCAGGGAAAAUACUCCAGAAUUCAGCAGCCGGUUGGAUUACUAACCAUCCCCAGGUUACUUGACUGAAGGUUGCGUUGUGGCCGGAUAUUCCCCGGCCGGGGCACGAGCUGCCAUGCCGUUUGGGUGUCUGACUCUCGGAGAGAAGAAGGAUUACAACAGCCCCACAGAGGUGUCCGACAAAUAUGACCUUGGACAGAUUGUUAAGUCGGAGGAGUUCUGUGAGAUAUUUCGGGCGAAGGAUAGGAACACCUUGAAGAUGUACACGUGUAAAAAGUUUCACAAAAAGGAUGGAAGGAAAGUGAGGAAAGCUGCCAAGAACGAGAUAAUGAUCUUAAAGAUGGUGAAGCACCAUAACAUCCUUCAGCUGGUCGAUGCUUUUGAAACAAAGAAAGAGUACUUCAUUUUCCUGGAGCUUGCCACGGGCAGAGAAGUGUUCGACUGGAUCUUAGAUCAAGGGUACUACUCAGAGAGGGACACCAGCAACGUGAUGAGGCAGGUGCUGGAGGCUGUAGCUUACCUGCACUCUCUGAAAAUAGUCCACAGAAACCUGAAGCUGGAGAACUUGGUGUACUUCAACCGCUUGAAGCACUCGAAAAUUGUGAUCAGUGACUUUCAGUUGGCAAAGCUGGAAAAUGGACUCAUUAAGGACCCAUGUGGGACUCCAGAAUAUCUCGCUCCUGAGGUGGUUGGGAGGCAGAGAUAUGGGCGACCUGUAGACUGCUGGGCCAUAGGAGUCAUCAUGUAUAUACUUUUGUCUGGAAACCCUCCAUUCUAUGACGACGGUGAUGAAGAUGAGUGCGAUCGUGAUAAGAACCUCUUCCUGAAGAUUCUGUCUGGAGACUAUGAGUUCGACUCUCCUUACUGGGAUGAUAUUUCAGAUUCUGCCAAAACCUUAGUGGCGUCUUUGAUGGAAGUGGACCAAGAUCAGCGAUUGACUGCGCAGGAGGCGAUUGCCCAUGAAUGGAUUUCUGGAAAUGCAGCCUCAGACAAGAACAUCAAGGAUGGAGUUUGUGCACAAAUUGAGAAGAACUUCGCUAAAGCCAAGUGGAAGAAAGCCGUCAGGGUGACCACCCUCAUGAAGCGGCUCCGGGCGUCCGAACAAGGCGACGGCGCCGGGGCGGCAGCCGACCCCAACGCGCCCGGCGCCGCGCCCGGGACUGCGGCCGCCCCGCCUGCGCUCGGCGGCGGCGGCGGUCUUGCGGCCUGCUUAAAGGCGGGUCUCAGUGAAAAGGCUCCCGACACACAGACUGCAGCCCCGUCUGCGCCCUCCCUGCCCGCCGCGGCCCGACAGGAAGAGCAGCAGCAGGCGCCGUGCAACGGUGACGUCCCCCAAAUGUUACCGCAAAGAAAAGAAGAUUAGGCAUUCAUCAAGUAGAAGAAGAGGACCUUGCCAACCAACAAGCACAUGAGCAGUACCAAUAAAUUUGGCAUCAUCGAUACCAUGUCUGUGCUGUCUAACUAUCACAGUUUGCAGAAUUAUUACACAACAUCACACAUUUCAUCUCUUUGCCUUCUGUACCGAUGGGUCUAAUGAAUAGUGUUCUCCACUCUCCCUUGUUCUCGUUUUUUUUGUGUAAAAGUCCCUUUAAAGCUUGUUGCAGCGUAGCUUUUCUGUUGUUUUCCUUCUCCUUGAAAACUGUAAAAAGUCAUUGUGUAAUUUUAGUGAAAUCAAAUCACCUGAGUUCAUCGCCUCAUUGUACAUAGAUGUAUUUGUCUGUUUUAACAAAUCGCUACUUUUAGCUUCAGAACUUCAAAUAAUGAGUUCAUGUCUUGUGGCUUAAAAUUAUGAGUUG